AUGGCCCCAAAAUCAUUCCGCAUCGUACUCCUGCCCGGAGACGGCAUUGGACCCGAGGUCGUCUCUGAGGCUGUCAAAGUUCUCGAGGCCGUGAACGCCGUGUCAUCCGACGUCGAUCUCAAGCUCGAAACCCAUCUCUUCGGUGGAUGCGCCAUCGAUGAGACCGGCGAGGCUCUGCCCGCAAAGACUCUGACUGCUUGCAAAGAGGCUGAUGCUAUCCUCAUGGGCUCUAUCGGUGGACCAAAAUGGGGCGUGAACGCCAAAGUCCGCCCAGAAUCGGGUCUCCUCACCCUCCGCAAAAGCCUUGGCCUCUACGCCAACAUCCGCCCCGCAAGCUUCGCCUCCGACUCCCUCAUCUCCUACUCACCCCUCAAAGAAUCCAUCACGAAGGGUGUCGACAUCAUCGUCGUCCGUGAGCUCAUCGGCGGUGUUUACUUUGGCGAGCGCAAAGAGCAGGGCGUCGCACCUAACGAGGACGUCGCGUGGGAUACGAUGCCCUACAGCGUCGGGGAGGUGCAGAGGAUAACGAGGGUAGCGGCUCAGAUCGCUCUGGCUGCGAAUCCACCGUUAGCUAUUCACUCGGUCGAUAAGGCAAAUGUGUUGGCGAGCUCGAGGUUGUGGAGGAAGACGGUGACGGAGACGUUGAAGGCGGAGUACCCACAGCUGCAAUUGGAUCACCAGCUUGUCGACUCGGCGGCGAUGAUGAUCGUGGCUAGCCCGAGGAAGCUUAACGGUGUUGUUCUGACAGAGAACUUGUUCGGCGACAUUCUGUCCGACGAGGCCAGUGUCAUCCCAGGAUCGCUUGGUCUCCUCCCCUCCGCUUCCCUUGCCGGUGCCCCAUCCGAUGCUUCCGCUACCGACUUCAAACCCACAUCCGGUCUUUACGAGCCCAUCCAUGGAUCAGCACCCGAUAUCGCUGGCCAGGGAAUUGCCAACCCUAUCGGCACCAUCAUGAGCGCCGCAAUGUUACUUCGUUAUUCUCUUGGUCUUGAGAAGCAGGCUCAAGCUAUCGAGACUGCCGUGCGGAGAGUGCUUGAUGCGAAGUCGGAGGGUGGACUUGAGUUGAGGACGAAGGAUCUUGGAGGUGAGGUCUCGACGAAGGAGAUUGGUGACAGCGUUGUGGAGAUCGUGAAGACGUUGCUGUAA